GUCACUUUGACCUACUUUAGACUGUGAAUUAUGGUACACACUCUACACGUAGCCUAUAAAAUGUUGUUAUAUAAUUGAAGCUAUGCUCGCCCAUAUGGUCUUAACCGGUGGCGAGGGUAAACAAGCUCAACACACACACACAAUGUUAUCUUCAGUCAUUAUUCACAACUGAAAUCAUGUCUGGACGUGGUAAAGGAGGAAAAGGUCUUGGAAAGGGGGGCGCCAAGCGCCACCGAAAAGUUCUUCGUGAUAACAUCCAGGGUAUCACCAAGCCAGCCAUCCGUCGUCUUGCUCGCCGAGGUGGUGUAAAGAGAAUCUCCGGUCUCAUCUAUGAGGAGACCCGUGGUGUUCUUAAAGUUUUCUUGGAAAACGUGAUCCGUGAUGCCGUCACCUACACAGAGCAUGCCAAGAGGAAGACCGUCACAGCCAUGGACGUCGUCUAUGCUCUCAAGAGACAAGGCAGAACCCUCUACGGAUUCGGCGGUUAAACGCACACUUGUGUUGUUUAAUAACAAAACGGCCCUUUUUAGGGCCACACAAUUCUCAAGAAAGAAUUAUCUCUUGUACAUUGUCAAAACAAUAGGUUUUUUUCAUCAACUGGUCCUUCGUUAUUGUCAUAUUCAGACCCCCUCCCCGUUCACAGUUGCCUUCAAUAUUUUCCAAGUAAAUUUUAUUAAAGGAUGAGCAGACAGAAAAAAAA